AUGAGAGGGUUCGACUACUGCAGACCUGUAGUUGUAGUGGACGGUGCACAUCUUGGCGGGGCUUACAAAGGUUGCAUAUUGCCGUUGGCAUAUGGUGUUGUAGACACUGAAAAUGACUGUUCGUGGACAUGGUUCUUUGAACAAUUCAAAAUUGCAUUUGGCGAGCGUGAAGACAUGUGUAUUGUAUCAGAUAGAAAUGAAAGUAUUAUGAAGAGUGCAUACAGAAAGAAGGAUUUUGAUAAAUUAAUGGCUAAGGUGGUGAAAGUUGAUCAUAGGGUGAAGGAUUACCUUGAGGAUGCUGGGUAUGAGAAGUGGUCAAGAGUUCAUUCACUAGUAAACAGAGGUAGAAUGAUGACUUCGAACAUCGCAGAAUGUAUCAAUGGUUGCCUUGUUGAUGCACGUCGGUUAACUAAUUCUUGGAAGAAGCUAGACUUUUAUUUGGUAGUUGGAACUGUUGUUCCAUCAUCUGAAUAUAUUUUCUCAGUUUAUGAAGCCGGAAGAAGAUACAUUGUAUGCCUUGAGCGGAAAUCAUGUACUUGUGGAAAAUUUCAACAAGAUGAGAUACAUUGUGCACACACAAUUGCAGUUUUAAAGCAUAAGAAUGUUAAGGAUAUGCAUCCAUAUUGCUCUGAUUACUACAAGUCUGAGGCAUUAGCAAAAACCUACAAGGCUGCAAUGGUUCUCAUGCCAGAUAAGGAGAAUUGGACAGUUCCAGACUAUGUUUUAGAUGAAAUUGUUUUGCCACCUAGGUAUAGAAGGUUGGCUGGACGACCAAGGAAACGAAGAAAGAAAAACGUGGAUGAGAAGAUAACAGUGAACAAGAAUUCUUGUGGGCAAUGUGGACAAGAAGGUCACAAUAAGAGAACUUGUACUUUCUUCCCGAAAGAGAAGUGA